GAACCAUAUUGGGCGCAUACAGCACGUAGUCGAAGUGAACGAGCUCGUUCAGCAACACCUUCCGCUGCGCAUUCCUAUUACGCACCUCAAUAUUCCACUUUACAGCAUCCAAAAAAGCGAAAUGAAGAAAGAUCGGCGAAACGAGGAUAUGAAUUUGGUGGAUUAGAUUACGUUGACAAAUCACGCAUACCACAGGAUUCAUCGUCUUACAUCUAUUAUGGCAAUACCCGAAAAUAUCAUGAUGAACAUAAGACAAGUCCUGGAUAUGAAAUGGGCGGUAUGGAUUUCCGUAAAGGUGCAGUAAGUAAAGAUGGUCCAUAUCAUGGUCAUGGACCGGAACAACGUCGUUUACAUUCAAAAUUUGAUCAUACUUCGCUGAAACGUGAUGAGAUGAAUAUCGAAAUGGCACCUAAUGUUGAUCAUGUUUCGGCUGAUAUUCUAGUUGGAGAUACACGAUCCAAUCAACAUCUUGCUAAAAAUGAGCAACCUGAUCAUCGUUUUGGUACCUCAUUUGGGCCAACUGCUGGUUUUACACGUCAACAUCGUACCGUUAAUCGUCAGGAAGAAAUACCUAAACCAACAACAUUUAGUCUAUCAGCCAAGAUAGAUAAUUCUGCUCAAAAGAUAAGCAAUACAUCUAGAACACGUGAUAUAUACUCUACUCCGCCAUCUUCUCAUGGAAUAUUACCACCACCGUCAACAAAUCUUGCUGGUUAUACAUCACAAGCAGUUACCAAUCAUACGUCGAGUGGUACCACUGGUACACAUAUCACUACUGGUGCAAGUAGUACGCCAUAUGCAAAGACUGAACAAGCUUGGAAUCGAUCACAAAGUACAGCACCAAAAGAAAGAUACGAAUGGGCCAAUGAGAACGUCGAGAAAGAGGUGACAAUUGAGACACUGUUGAACGAUAAAGCGCUGAUUGCUCAGAAGAGGUCGAUGACCCCGGAAUGGCAAUCAAAAUCUUUCGAAAAACAUAAACAUUGGAAGAACAGGUCGGACCCUCGCUUUGCCCGCUCCCAGAUAUAUGAAUAUGAGCCAACAUGGUCGCGUAUUGUUAGUGAUCGGCGUAAUAUUUGGGAAGAUAAGGCGAAAAAUACCGAUGCUCGUUUACAAAUGUCACCCUCUUCGAAGAUUCCACCACAACAACCGCCAUACUGGUACAAUAGAGCUAAUCAAACUCAUGCUUUAUGGCAAAAUGAAGCUGAACGACAGAAUCGUGAAGGUGGCGGAUAUGGUAAUGUUACUCAAGCUAGCUACAAUUAUACAGAUUAUCGUACCGAUCAACGCAAAUAUGAUCGUUUAACCGGUGAUUAUGAUGGUUUCGUAUCACAGACACAAUAUACAACAACACAUACGGAUCGUGGUAAUACUAAUGGGGAAAAUGUUGAACGAAAACAAGCACAAUAUUCUUCUUCCUAUUCAAGCAAUCAACAACAACGACAACAACAACAACAACGACAACAACAACAACAACAACAACAACAACAACAACAACAACAACAACAACAACAACAACAACAACAACAAUAUACGUCAGAAUAUGGAAAAUCAGCUACGCAAAGCACUCAUUUAAGUUAUACUCCUGUACCUAUUGGACCAUCACAUCCGGUAUCCUCUGAUACUCAUACUCAACAACAAUCAUCCACCUGGCAAUCACAAAGUUCACGUUAUGAACAAAAAAUGCAUGAGCGUUCCACGGAAAGAAUGAUAAGCAAACAACCGGUCAAUGCAAUUGCGCUACCGGCAUCAAAUUCAACCGGAAGGUAUGGAAUCGAAAAAACGAAUUAUCAGCGAAAAACACAUCACGAAAGUGCUACACCCUAUAAUACCUCGGUAGUAUCCGUUACACAAGGUGAUGGUGAUUUCAAUCGACGUGCUGAAAUGUCUGAGGUAUUACCUCGGGGUACGGUAGCAAAUACGGAAGCAAGUUUGGAAGGUAAUUAUGUGGAUAAGGAUGGUCAACCUGUAACGUAUAAGCGUGAAAUUGUAACAAGCGUUAAUCCGAAUAGCGAAAGUACGCUGCUUAAAGAAGAAGAAAGGCGUGUUGUUGAGACACCAUUGGAACCUGGUGUCAUUUCCAGACACGUAACCACAAAAUAUUAUAAAAAGAAAACUGUGACCGAUACGACAACGACAAACACAACCAUUCAUUGA